AUGGCCAACACCAAGAAAAAGCAUCAUCUCAUCAAGAACUUCCCUUCCAUUUUCAAAUCCAAAUUACCAACUUCACACCCAUGGGAAUGGCCGGAUUGGCCUUCUUGUAAACACCCCAAAACUCUCUCAUUCCGCUCCCAAAACGACCUCGUUUUCAAGACCGUUAACUCCAUCUUCUUCGACCAACCCUUCGAAACCACCACCACCACUACUACACCUGAUUAUUCCGUCUCUGCUACCAACUCCACGCCCGCGGUGGACUCCGAAGAAUCACUCGAAACGGUGGUCCGUGGCGCUAGAUCGGAGAGGCUGUUCUUCGAACCGGAUGAUACGAGCUCGAUACUGGAGAAAUCGAAAUCUAUUGAUUCGGUUGAAACGGAAUUAUUACCGAAAUCAGGGUUUAAAGAGAGCUUGAUUGUGUCGAUUGAAUCGGAGAACCCGUAUGAGGAUUUUAGGAAAUCGAUGGGGGAAAUGGUGGAGAGCCAUGGAGUUAAGGAUUGGGAUGGAUUGGAAGAGCUUUUGGGAUGGUAUUUGAAGGCUAAUUGGAAAAACAAUCAUCGGUUCAUCAUUGGAGCUUUUGUUGAUUUACUGAUCCAUAUUCUUCUUGCUUCUUCUUCUUCUUCUUCUUCUUCUACUUCUACUUCUACAUCUUCAUCCUCAUCCUCUUCGUUGUGUUCUAAUUCAGAUUCUAACUAUUACACAUGCACUGAAUCUUCUUCUUCUUCUUGCUCUUGUUCAUCUUCUCUAAGAUCGUUGAAUCCAUCCUCCAUUAGAAAGGAGCUUGAUCAUGAUCAGGUAGAAGACAAUCAUGAUCAUAUCACUGAAACUUUGUAG